UCUUAAUAUAUAAGUGAAAGAUAUUAAUUGUGUAGUGUGUUAAAGUGAUUUCAAGAUUUGUUAUUCCAUUAUUUACAUAAUUAGUAUUCGGUGAAACUAAAACCGCGCCUGUUUUAGCGGCAUAUAUUUUUUUAACAAAAUUAUAUAAUCUUCCAAUCUCAAGAUAACUGACACAGCAGACACAAAGAUGCCAGAACUGACAGAGCUGGACAAGGCUACUGCCUCCAUGACAGAGAAGCGCAAGGAAGAAACUGCAUCAUCUGACAGCGACUCAGAUGACACCAUUCCAGAAUUGGAGGAUGCUGGUGCACCAGGCACCGGGGGCAUCUCCAACCCAAUCGCUGGCAUUGAUAUCGUAUCAAAGGCGAAACAAUCGCGAGGCGAGAAGAAAGCCCGCAAGAUCAUGAGCAAACUUGGAUUAAAACCCGUACAAGGCGUCAACAGGGUCACCAUCAGGAAGUCAAAGAACAUACUGUUUGUGAUCAACUCACCAGAUGUGUAUAAAAAUCCACAUUCUGACACAUACAUUGUGUUUGGCGAGGCCAAGAUUGAGGACCUGUCGCAACAGGCCACCAUGGCGGCAGCUGAGAGGUUCAAGGCACCAGAGAGUGCUGCGGCCGGAAACGACUCCACAGCUACGGGCACGACGGUAGCGCCGAUAGCAGAGGAAGAAGAUGAAGAAGGUGUAGACGAAUCUGGCGUGGAUGAAAAGGAUGUGGAGAUAGUGAUGUCUCAAGCGAACGUCUCACGAGCCAAGGCCGUGCGUGCCCUCAGGAACAACCAGUCAGACAUUGUCAACGCCAUUAUGGAGCUGACAAUGUAAACAGUAGUCACAAUAUUCACAUUACUAGCUUUAAGUACGUGUUUCAUGCCGCGGCUAUGCCUGCGCGCCUACCGAUCCAAAGUUGGCCUCAGGAUGUGUGAUUGAUUGGCAACAUACGGAGUGUAUAUAGCAUUAUUUACUUCAUUACAAUAACAUUUAAUUGUC